AUGGCGCCCAAGUACCCCGAGUUUGAGCCAUGGGGCGAUACCUUCCGACGAUGGAUGGAGCGUGCUGAUGAGCCCGGAUGUUAUAUUCCCAGAACCACAUUUACUCUCGGAAAACUCGAUCCUGCGGUCUGGCAUGCCGUUUCCAGCCCGGAGCCCCUUACAGAGGAAUGGGUGGGCUGGGCUAAUAUUUUUGGCCUAACAGUUGACGACCCAGCAAGCAGCCGACCUAUAUAUCGGGACCAAUCAGUGGUGAAAAUCAAAGGCGAGUAUACAUUCUGGAUGGGGCGAAUCGGACCUGGCGUGAUAUUCAUAGAUAAUAUCAAGAGGUCACAGAAUCCCACGAACCCUUACAUGUCCGAGUUUACCAAGGCUAUCUAUGAGUCGCAUUUUCCCUUGGAAAGCCUGAGGUGUGUUAUUGUUAGUACUGUAAUUCAAAAGGAGACCAGGCCUUUUAUUCGCGAUCAUAUUUACAAGCCCCGGGAGGGGCUUGAGUAUCCCCCUAAGGAGCCGCAGACCUGGGUGUCUCCUUCGCCGGAGUUUUGCGGUAUUCUUGGUACUCCAAUUGGUAAAGUUGUGGCAGCCUUUAUCUUAUGUGCAUAUGGUCAGGGGGUCAAGCGGAUUCCGCGGAUCGUGACAUUCCGUACUGGUAUAGCCGAAUACAACCUUCGGUUCGAUAUUGAGGAUGUCUGA